AUGGAAAUAAAGAGAAACCAAAGAUAUCAUGCAUUUUGAAAUUGAUUAAAGAUGUUCUUGGGAAUUAGGUUUCAAAGAGUAUAUCUAGCUGUAUUAUACUCAUUGCUAAUGGAGCGAAAUGAAUUUGUCUUAUUUGAUAGCAAAUGUAUAACACGUCAGUUUUCAGCUUUAAUGCUUCCAAGUGGCUGUCUUAAGGUUAAGCUCAUUAUUUUAUUAUGUGAAACCUAUUUUAUUCAAAAUCAAAUUAAUGAAGUGGGAUAG